GUCUUUUUAAUGUCCAUCACUGAAUUGAAGAACUAAGAUGAAAUGUUUUCUUGCAGAGGAUGAUUGAGAAACUGAACAAAACCGGCGUCUCCUACAAACCCAGUAACCUGGAAGAGGACGAAGAGAAUCUGUACGGAGGCAUUAAUGAGUCUUCAAACGAUGUUGGACGUCCGCAAAAAGAGUUUGUAUAUCAAAAAGAUGAUUCAGACCGGUUCCGCACACCUUCCAAAAUGAAUUUGCAAAAGGAUGAUAACGGCGUUGAUGUAACUUCUCGUGAAAACACACCUUUUUACUGCACACCUGAGUACUGGGAUAGUUUCAAGGGUGAUAUGGAUGAUCCUGUCCAAGUACCAGAAGUAUCAGAUGAAAAAGCUGCCACAUCUUUAGAGACGGACGAAAUCGCAUCGCAUGCGUCGGUUGGUUCUCAAGGAGUACAAGAGGAAGUGGAGGAGGUUACUGGCAGGCGCAAGCGCAGAGGAUCACAACAUGUCAAGUCUCCUUAUGUGGUCCCUAAACCAAACAAACGUGCAAAACGUUCUGCCAAAGGAAAAUUGUUCCAAAAUGGUGAUGUUAACAAAUCUGGUGAUGAGUAUGAUGUGGUGAAAGCGUCCAUCAAGUACGUGCGUGCGCAUGAGCAUUUACAAAAACAUGCCAAAACAGAAAUUUUCAAUGAUGGCAUGGAAGAAGGUCUCACUGUGAGGAGAGCUUGUCAGAUUAUUAACCAUGAGUGGCUAAGUGGCGACGUAAGUUAA